AUGACUAGCAAAAUCUACCUUAUCACUGGUGCCAGUCGCGGUAUCGGCCGCGGUCUGGUUGAGAAGUUCCUCGCUCGCUCCAACACUACCGUUGUCGCCGCCGUCCGCGAUCCCGCCACUACUUCAUCCCAGUCACUCCAAUCGCUCCCUAAGGGCGAGGCCUCUAACCUUAUCGUCGUGAAGAUCGACUCAAAGUCCCAAACUGACCCGGCUGGUGCUGUCGAGACCCUCAAGACGGAACAUGGCAUUGAUCACCUCGACGUGGUAAUCGCCAAUGCCGGCAUUAGCGAUAAUUUCUCGACCGUCCACGAGGUUCCGAUACCGGUUAUCCAACAGCACAUCGAGAUCAAUGCUUACGGGCCCAUCUCUCUCUAUCAAGCUGUGUACCCGCUGCUAAAGAAAAGCACAAAGCCCACAUUUGUGGGAGUCACUAGUCUGAUGGGCACCAUCGGUGGAAUGGAGCAACGUCCUUACCCGAUGGCAGCUUAUGGUCCUAGCAAGGCCAUUCUCAACUGGAUUGGGCGCAAAAUUCAUCUUGAGAACGAGGACUUCGUUAGCUUUGUCUUGGAUCCUGGAUUCGUCCAGACCGAGAUGGGUAACUCCGGAGCCCGGGCUGUUGGUCUCGAGAAGGCUUUCUUGACGGUAGAGGAAAGCGUUAGCGGUAUCGUGAAGACGAUUGAUGAGGGGACAAGGGAGUCGGUUGGUGGGCAGUUCCGCGUGUGGGAUGGAUCCCAAUUUCCUUGGUAG